AUGUCAUUUCAUCUUGAAGGAGUCUCAGAUAAAUAUUCUUCUGAUACCUUUAACGAAAAUGAAUUUAAUUACGAUUUAACAGCAAUUGUCGAUAUAGGUUUAAAUGGUAUAAGGUUUUCAGUAUCAUCUACAAGUGAUAUCCACGCACGCAUUCUUCCCUGCCGUUAUAAGGAUAGGGCUGCAAUUUCAUUAUUUGACACCCAAAAUCAAUCUUUAGAACAAAUUUCAACCACCUCUCGGAUAUCCGACAAUUUAAAGAAGAAUCUCAAAAAACCUUCUGAAGAAUAUGAUGAAAAUUCAGAUAUAAAAAACGUUUCUCAAUUUCCGAAUAACACAAAUAUCAAGAAUUUAGUUAACCCUUCAAAAGCCCCUAAUUCGAUAACCCAUGAUGAUUCAAAGGACUUUAAAGUGAUUGGAAAUAAAAAUUCUAUUUCUGAAACUAUUAUCCAUGAUGUUGUCUAUGCUUUGCUUCGUUUUAAAUCCGUAUGCAAAGAUUUCAAGGUUCCUAAAGAAAAUAUUUGCAUUGUUGCAACUGAGGCUAUCUAUGAUGCUUCAAAUUUAUCAGAUUUUUGUCGAACUAUAACAAAUGCUACUGGUUGGGAAAUUUCCAUUGUUAGUAAAUCAGAAGAAGCUAUGUUAAAAGCUUAUGGUGUGGCUUCUUCUUUUAAUGCAGUUCAAGGCUUGAUAAUGGAUUUAGGAGGUGGAUCUACUCAGAUCUCUUGGAUUUCUUGCAUAGACGGUGAUCUUAAAAUUUCUGAUAACCCUGUUUCAUUACCAUACGGCUCUGCAGCUCUUACUCGCCGCUUAAAUAGAUGUUCUUCACCCACAUCAAACGAAUUGCCAACAGAAAGUGUAAAUGAUAUUUUGAAUGAAAUAAAAAUUCAUUUUCGAGAAGCUAUCAGCUCUAUUAACAUUCCCGAAGACAUUUUUAAUUCUGCUAUUGAUUCUGGGGGGUUUAAGUUGUAUGUAUCUGGGGGUGGGUACCGCGGUCUUGGAAGUUUAUUAUUAUCCAGAGAAGAAUUUAAUUCAACAACUAUACCAGCUCACUCCUCCCCAUAUUCCUAUCCAAUCCCUAUCAUAAAUGGAUAUGCUUGUACAUGCAAACCUUUACUUCGUCUCAUUGACCAAUUCAACCCUUUAAAUUCACAUUAUUCAGUUUUAGACUUUGCUCGUAAUAACAGCAAUUUAUCUAUAUUUGAACAUGGGUCAUCAGCUGGAGGAAAAACCAAAGCAUUUAAAGUUUCUGAACGACGGGCCAACCAACUUCCUUCAGUGAUUCUUUUAGUAAAAGCACUUUUAAAUUCAUUUCCUCCUAUACGAAAAGUUCUUUUUUCUCAAGACGGAAUUCGUGAAGGUGUACUUUUUCAGAGACUUUCUAAGGAUAUCCGUAUGCAAGACCCUUUAAUAGUUGCAACUCGAUUACUAAGACCCAAAAGUUCACAGCUUUAUUUGGAACUUUUAAAAAAAUCAAUUCCCGUUGACGACCAAAAUUCUGAGGUUCUUGUCCCCCAUGUUAUCCACUCACGAUUAUUACCAGCUCUUGUCAAUACUGCAUUUGCUCACUCUUCCUUUCCUAAAGAGCUUCAACCACUUUCUGCAUUGAACAUUGCUAUUUUAGGAGCCCUAUCUGACACCCAUGGCUUAUCACAUGAAGUACGUAUAUUAUUAGGACUAGCUUUAUGUCAAAGGUGGGGCGGUGAACUUCCUGAUCCUGUUUUACGGGAAAAUAUGAUAUCUAUUCUUUCUACUCGCAAACUUGCUUGGUGGGCACUUUACUGUGGUCACAUAAUGCAUGUAGUUGGAGGAGUCUACCCUGGUGGAACCAUUCAUGAUGAUAUUUCACACAAUGAAAUUUUUUCUAUUAAUGCAUCUUUUUCAAAUAAACCUCAUGAUAUUAAAAUGAAUUUUGAUGGUAACAAGAACUCGAGAUCAGGCUUAAAAAAAACUAGUGACACUGAAUACAUUGAAGAAAUUUUGAUUAGAAUUCGAGCAAGUAAAUCUUCACCUCAAACUGCUGCUCCAAUGGUUCGAAAUCGGAUAAAUAACUUAGAAAAAAAAUUUAAAAAGCUUUUAAAAGAAUUUGGUAAAACAGAGUCUUUCAAAGUAUAUGUUGAAAUUGAUUGGUUUUAA